AUGAGGCCGCCGAAUGCUGGGAGGUUUCAACAGAGGGGUGGUGGUCGAGCACAAGCGGUCGGUCGGGUAUAUGCUAUAAUUGGGGCUGAAGCAGCAAGCUCAGGUAAACUCAUCACCAGCUCUUUCCUGUUAUAUGGAUUGCCAUGUUGUGUGUUGUUUGACUCGGGGGCAACACAUUCCUUUAUCUCAAAGGCAUGUGUUGAGAAGUUGGGGUUGUCGGUGAGUGAUAUGCAGUUUGAUCUGGUGGUGUCAACCCCAGUAGUUAGUGAGGUUAGGACUUCUACUGUAUGUAUUAGAUGUUCGAUUAAGGUGGAAGGGCGUAGAUUCAAAGUAAACCUUAUAUGCUUACCUCUACAAGGCUUAGAGGUAAUUUUAGGAAUGAAUUGGUUAGCUGUCAAUCACAUUCUCAUAGAUUGCGGCAAGAAGAAGUUAAUAUUUCCUAGUGAAGAAGAAGAAUUGUCCUUGAUAGUAGGCCAGUUAAGGAUAGAUAUAAUGGAGGGUGCUAGCUGUUUUCUGGUAAUGUCGCACGCAGACAUAGUACCAGAGGAGUUGGGAUAUGACCGUUCGGUCAGUGGAAAGCAAAAUGGAGACCGAUCGGUUGUGAACGAAUUUAUGGAUGUUUUUUUCCUGAAGAGAUUCCAGGAUUACCCCCUCUAA